AUGCACCAUAUUUGGCAUGUACACGUCCUUGUUGCCACCAUCUUCUGUCUGGUUCUCUCUCCUCUUGUUCUCCUCGUCCUCUUUUCUGCCAGUGUGCUCUCUUCAUUCUUCUUCUGUCCUCCUCCAUAUGCCAACGAACUGCGCUGCCUGAUCACUCCAUCACCCUUAGCUUCGACCAUGCCCGACCUCUCUCUCUUCUGUCUCAUCGAUGGAGAACCCACGUCGAACGCGUUUCUAGUCUCGAUACCAUCUACAGACACCAUCGGUCACCUCAAAAAGCUCAUCAAGGCCAAGAAAACUGUCGCUUUUGCUGAUGUCGCAGCAGACAAGCUCACGCUCUGGCGCGUCUCGGUUACAAUCACCGACGACGAUGAGGAGAUUCCCAUCUUGCUCGACAACGUGGAAAAGAAUGACAAGAAGAAACUCGGCCCCGCAACUCGCCUGCACAAGGUGUUUCCUGAGGACCUGCCUGAGGAAACAAUCCACAUCAUUGUGCAACGCCCGCCGCUAGGUAUCAGCGAGCUGAAUAUUUUGAGCCGAGUUCCACCCGGUGUUAAAUAUGUCCUUCUCGCCGGCGAGGUUCCUUCCAAAACUACUACGGGAUCUCCAUUCAGCCAAAUACCUACGGAGGUUGUCGAAUGGGAUGGUUUUCUGGAAGAAGUGGCAUCUUAUACACCCUCCAACAACCGGACAUUCGAAGAACGCCGUUUUCAAUUUACUGAACACUGUCUGAUCUCGGAUGAAGGAACACUCUGCACCGCUCUCGAAUCGAAUGUGUAUCGUUUGCUAAACUGGCUGACACUCGAUGGGCAUUUUGGUGCUGCUGCUGCAAUCAAGAUGAUUGCCCAGCCAGAUCGCAUCUUUUACCAGCACCCAUGA